CCCGUUCUCAUUGCUGGGGACCUUACGAAAGACGAGGACGUGAGACGCGUGGUCCAAGGCGCUGUAGACGGUAAUAAUGGGCGCCUAGAUAUUCUUGUGAACAACGCUGGAAUCAUAGGUUUGGGUGGUAUUCAAAAGGCAACCUUAGAACAAUAUGACAGCAUCAUGAACACAAAUGUCAGGUCCAUGUUUUACAUGACCCAGUUGUCUGUGCCUUAUCUGGUAGAAUCCAAGGGAAAUAUUGUCAAUGUAUCUAGCAUUAAUGGACUUCGCGCUUUUGCAGGUGUGCUCAAUUACAGCAUUUCUAAACAUGCAGUAGAUGCAUUUACAAGAUGUGUGGCAUUAGAUUUAGCUGACAAAAGAGUUAGAGUUAACUGUGUAAAUCCAGGUGUCACACAUACAGCACUCCACCGCAGGGCAGGUCUCAGCGAUAAGGAAUACGAAGCGUAUCUGAAGCGUGCCAGAUACACUCAUGCCCUGGGCCGGUAUGGAGAACCUGAAGAAGUGGCAGAUUGUAUUGCUUUCUUGGCCUCCGACCAAGCAUCCUUUAUCACUGGAGCCAGCAUACCAGUUGAUGGAGGCAGACAUGCCCUCUGUCCCAGCAGUUUGUCGCGAGAGGAAGGGGGUGUCUCAGCAAUGUCCCAAAGUGUAGACAGUUAA